AUGAAGGAACAGGCCGAUAUCACCACCGCGGAGUCCCCUCCCCCUCUCUGGAAAGUGCGCAUGCCUUUGUGGCACCGCGUGGACUGCUUCAUCCGACUAUGGCUGCUGAAAUCCCUGGCCGCCAUCUACUUCUACUUUCGGCGCCUGGUACGACAGCCGCCGCCUCGCUACCAGCCCACCUUUGUCCGUCGCUACCCAUCUCGUCCCAUGCUCAACACCCACAUCUUCUUCCCGUCCAACUAUCGCGCGGGUGAGCGCCUGCCUUUAUAUCUGAACAUCCAUGGCGGAGGUUUCGCCGUGGGGAAUGCCCAGGUAGAUGACCGCUUCUGCGCCGCCUGGACCGAGCGGACCGGCAUGCUCGUCGUGAGUCUGGACUACCGCCGCGUACCGCGACACCCCUUCCCCACCGCCACCUACGAUCUAGUCGCCCAGAUUAAGGACGUGCUGGCGGAUGAGUCCCUGCCCAUUGAUCCCGAGCGCAUCACGAUUGGGGGGUUCAGUGCAGGCGGGAAUCUGGCCUUGUCGGUGUCGCAGCUGCCUCCCCUGCAUGGACGGGUCAAAGCCGCCGUCGUCUACUACCCGAUUGUCGACUUUGGCCAUCCCCCGCCUAUCAAACUAGCCUCCCGCCCCUACACGGAUGGUCCCUUGGACAAGAUAGGCAUCAUGGCGUGGGCUCUGGACUGGGGGUAUGUCUGUGUGGGACAGAACCGACGCGAUCCGCUGUUGAGCCCCUGGUACGCUGACCCGAAAGACCUGCCCCCGCGCAUCUACAUGAUUGCCGCGCAGUGGGAUAUGCUGCGGCUGGAAGCCCAGCAGAUGAUCCACCGCCUGGCGGGGCUGCACAAUGAAGAGGACCAGGAAGCGCCCUUCGAGACGUCUGCGUAUAAGUGGACCUUGGCCCGAGGGUGCACGCAUGGCUUCACGCACGGCCAGGAGGGGAAUGCGGCCGAAAGAGCGUACCGGAAAAGGGUUUGCGAGGACAUAUAUGGCCAGGCCCAUGAGUGGCUGAAGAGUGCGUUGGGAUAG